GUCGCUUGAUUCGAUGCGGAGGGAAGUUCAAAAUUUCAGGAACAGGGACGGAGUUUGUAAAAAGUGCAACGAGUUACAAUGAUGCGACAAGCGUAAGUAGAAUGGCAAUGAUACUUUAUAUAAUUUGGAGUACUCAUUUCACGCCUACGGUACUAGUACUUACUAACACCUUGAAGCCAAAGCUAACGAUUUCUGACGAAUUCAAAACAAGGAAGUGCUUGUUUAGCCUAACCGUUAAACGUUAGCCGUGGGCCAAGAAUCCGGCUAUACUGGGAUUCUACUAAUCCAGCGUCGAUCUAACACUAAAGAUGUACUUACUGUGCUCAAGAACUGUGACUUUAUUCAUUUUUUUUUCUCUAGGAAGGGUAAAACCCCUCGCAGGCCUGCCCCGAAAAAGCCCUCCAACAACCAGAAAGACCCCGUUGGUGUGAGUGUAACUAAGUUGAUCAAAUAGAGGCUUUCAAACAGGCAGUUAAUCACAUUUAGAUUGUUAAAUGCAAAAACAAGAGGGGACAAACGACCCAUCUAGUUUAGUACGACUGAGUAUAUUAAACUGGUGUGCUUUCACCCCAGGUCUACUGCCGUGUACGACCCCUGGGUGUGGAGGACAAGGAAUGCUGCAUUGAAGUGAUCAGCAGCAGCACCAUCCAGCUGCACGCUCCCGAGGGCUUCAAAACAAACCGAAAUGGAGAGUACAAAGAGGUAACACAUUCACAAAACAUGGGCUAGUCUUUUUAAUACAAAGUAGCUGUUGAAAAAACAGAAAAAAAUUGGCAUCAUUUACUCUGUACAAUCUAUCAUGUACAUAUACACUGACCAGCAAUAACAUUAUAUUGUUAUGACUGGUCGGUGAAGAUGCCUUUUUAACUGCUCCCUCUUGAGGUAAUAUCCAAUCUGGAGGAAAUUUAUGAUGUAUUCUCAUUCAUUAGAGGAAUAAACAAUGGGAUGAGAGCCAAAUUUGACAGAAAUGCUAGGAAAAUUAAGGACUAGAGAGCAAAAAAUAAACCACAGAUGUUAUCUUUUUAAAUAAAAUGUUUUUAUUAGGAUAAUAUACUUUGUCAGUUUCCCACCAAGUAUUUUUCCCUAUAAUAUUCUAAUAUAUGUGUUUUGCUUCUUAGACACAGUACUCUUUCAAAAAAGUCUUUGGAGUUUCAGUCUCUCAGAUUGAGCUGUUUGAGCAUGUGGCCAAACCUCUUGUCGAUGACCUCCUCCAUGGAAAAAAUGGUAAGAUUGAGAAUUAAUAUGUUUUAAAACAUGUGCUAACUUUUCAAUUAUCUCAUGUAAUAGUAAAUCUGCAUUUUAUUUUAUUUUUUUCAAUUUUCAUUCCAUGAGCUGAUUUAUGCAGAGAUUAUUCUGUGAAGUUGACUCUUUUAUUGGGUGUUGUAGGCCUACUCUUUACAUAUGGAGUCACAGGGAGUGGAAAGACAUUCACUAUGACUGGCUCACCGGGCCAGGGUGGACUUCUCCCUCGCUCACUAAACAUGAUCUUCCAGAGUAUAGGACCCUACCAGGCAAAGAGAUAUGUAAGAUAUUAACUUAAGAGAAAGAAAUCUGUAGGAACUACAUCAUUUGAUCACACCCAACGAUUUAAAACGGACUUCAAUCCUCUUUUUCUCAGGUUUUUAAGACAGAUGACAAAAAUGGAAUGGAGGUCCAAAAUGAGGUAGAUGCUUUGCUGGAGCGCCAAAGGCGGGAAAACAGCUUGCCGAUUCCAAAAACAUCUUCUAGGUAAGUCUGUGAAAUGUGGGCUGCAAUAGUGGAACUUAUAAAGGUGUCUGACGUGUGAUCCGAUGUAUGACUUGGAUUUCAGACAAAAGCUUGAUCCUGAAAUUGCUGAUAUGAUAAACCCAGAGGAAGCUUUUGAAGCAGAGGGCGUUGAUGAGGACAGCAGCUUCAGCAUCUUUGUAUCCUACAUCGAAAUCUACAACAACUACAUCUAUGAUCUCCUGGAGGAAACUCAGGAAGACGCCAUCAAACCAAAGUGAGUUCAAGAAACUUAGAUAAGAAGCCAAAUUAAAUUUUAAAGACAUGUUCAAACUCUUUGUAGUUGUCAGACCUAGAUGUUUUAAAUAUGUAGUGGAUUCCAAAGUUAUUGUAUCAUUGGUUAGAGUAGCUGGAAGACAAAAUUAUCGUCUUUUCUUUUUAAUAGGUGGAAUGGUGGAGGCACACCAGUGCGCCAGAACACUGAGUUCAUGUAUGUGAACAGUGAAUACUCGAACACCAGACAUCAGACAAGCUUUUUAAAUUAAGAUGAACAUUUCCUCUUCAACACUAUUCUGAUUAUGAUCAAACCUCAUCAGUGCUGGAGACAUUUUCAACCUUUUUGAAAACCCAUAACCUGCUUCUUGUUUGGAAUGAAAAACCUAAGUUAAGGAAUAAAAGUUAUGAAUAGAUCCAAACAUUCGUUACCAAAGUUUGGCACUCUCUGUGCUACAGCCACAUUCAGUCAAACUUGAUAUUCAUUACUCAGCUCUACCUGAGAGUUGACCAACAGUUCACAGACCUCACCAGCUAAUGUCUCCAGUGUUGAGUAUCUGAUAAGCCAGACAAAUCAUCACAUCCACUCACUGCUUCCAAUAGUCUCUGUCAUGGCUGUAUCCCUGUUUGUGCCCCAGCCUGCUGUCUGUUGCUUUGCAUUGUGCUUGAUUGAUGACUUUUAAUCAUUUUUCAUGGCUGGAACAUUCCACAUCCUUGCCUUUUAAUGCUUGUUGUGCACCCUCCCUCACAAAAAGAAAAAAAGGCAGUUUCACAUCUUCUUUAUCUAAUUCUGUUAUUUGCUUGAUGCAGACCACCCCAGUCUAAAACCCUCAGAGAGGACCAGAACCACAACAUGUAUGUGGCAGGUUGUAUGGAGGUUGAAGUAAAGUCUGCUGAGGAAGCAUUUCAAGUGUUUUGGAGAGGUAAGUUUUCAAAUCUGUCUUAUAAGAAUCAACAAACCAUGUCAGAAUUUAUGGAGAGAAUAGAAGGAAACACUGCAGUGUUGAUGGUAAAUGUGGCUGACCUCCAGGUUUGCUCUGACUUCUGUUAAAUUGUCUCUCUGAGCAUGUUGGUAGGAGUUAAAUGGGUCAGUUGGGAGUUUUCUGCAUAAUAUACAGGUAGAUAAAACUGCACAGGAUGCGACUGAAAAGAUGCUGCCCGUGAAUAAACAUGAACUCUGUUGUUCCAGGACAGAAAAAGAGAAAGGUUGCAAACACCCGCCUGAACCGAGAGUCCAGUCGCUCACAUAGUGUGUUCAUCAUUAAACUGGCCCAGGCCCCACUGGAUGCAGAUGGCGACAACGUCCUACAGGUUUGUUGUAACUGACCAGAAUGCAGUUAUAUACUUGUGUAUGUUUUGUGUUUUUUAAACUAUAAAUGUGUCUAUUUUAUAUUUUUGGUCCUAUUUUCAGGACAGAAAUCAGGUAACUGUGAGCCAGCUGUGCUUGGUGGACUUGGCAGGAAGUGAACGCACCGGUAGGACAGGGGCAGAAGGCACCCGUAUACGUGAAGCAGGUUGGUUUCUCAACCCUUUAUUUGAUCAUUUUAGAGAGACUUAUAGAAACUAUAAGAGUUUUAAAUAAUUGGUUGUCAAGAAUGUACUCAAACACUUCUGUUAAUGUAGAGGAAAGAAUAAACAAUGUGUGGUUUCAUACUAUAAUGAACUAUCUGGGUGGUGUUUUGAUUUUAAGCAUGUUUUAAUGGGAACCAACUAGCUAAAGGUCUCUGCAGAUACCUAUAGCUGCAAUUGUCCACCUGGUCUCAAUAAUUUUGUUUUUGGAGGGAGGGAGCAAUAAACAACAGCCACCAUAAACAAAACUGAUACAAAAGUUAGGAACUUUUGACCAGCUAAUCGGAGCGAUUUACCAGACUGGAAAAGCUGGCAUGUCACUAUUUCUGCAGCCCUGCAGCAUGUGUGCUGUCAGAGCAGGUGAUUGUGACCUGGCUGCACUACCAGCUGACAUCUGACCACUGAAUCAGCAUAUUUCGUUUAACUCAGGGGGAAUGCGGCCAAUGUGGAUUUGAACAUUUUUCUCCUAAAGAAAUAGCAGACAGAAAACUGAACUCUGAAUACUUAAAAUAUGCAUCCUGGUUAACUAUGUAUUUAUUUACUUCGAGCUGAGAUUAAACAUUCUUAACUUGCAGGUAACAUCAAUCAAUCCCUGCUGAAUCUGCGUACGUGCAUCGAGAUACUUCGUGAGAACCAGAUGUGUGGUACAAACAGGGUAGGAAUACCAAACUAAACUGUACACUCCUACUCUCUGUAGGUUUGCUGUAAAUACUGUGUAUACACUAUGAUGGUAACUUUACUUUGUUUUUGUAGAUGGUUCCCUACAGAGACUCAAAAGUGACUCACCUGUUCAAAAACUACUUUGAUGGAGAGGGCAAAGUCCGAAUGGUUGUCUGUGUUAACCCCAAGGCUGACGACUAUGAGGAGACAUUGGUGAGUUCAUUCAGCACUUGUCGUCAUUUGACCAAACAUGGAUGCUGCUUUUCUUGGACUGACAUAAGGCGUUAUCUGCGUUCCCAGCUGGUGAUGCGGUUUGCAGAAAUGACCCAGGAGGUGGAGGUGGCGCGGCCAGUGGACAGGCCCAUCUGUGGCUUCACACCAGGCCGUCGUCAAAGAAACCAGGCCUUUAAAGAGGAACUAUCACGCAGGCUGGAAGAGCGUGGUGGUCCAACAGACAGGGGUUAGUUAUGCUCUGUGUUAGCUGAUUCUGCUGAAUAACACUGACUGUCAAAGUUUAAGAUAUACACAGCUUUUGGAGGGACACUGGUCAUUGGACAUAUUAAAUCUAGUGUCCUGUUAAUAUUGUGAAAAGGCAAUAAUGUCAUCAAAUUCAGUUGUUUAAUCACAUUAUCUAAAUAAAACACAACAGGUCAAACCAAAUUACACAUUUGUACUGCACUGCUUUAAGGAUACUCACCAUGAUUCAUUUCUAGUAUUUAUUUUUUGCUUUAUUUUGAAGCUGAAUGGCAGCUGUAGUAAACCUUAUUUCCUCAGCCUGUUUUAUACUGUACAUGCAUACCUACCAGCUCUGCUGUUGCACGUUCUGCUUUUAUCCAUUUAUAACAUUAUCUUUAUUGAAACACAGCUGGGAUGUCACAUUUCAGGAGUAUUUUGUAUACUUAAAAUCACAGAAGAAGAGAUUCAAGCCCAGUUUGUUCUGUUUCCAUAGAUGUACAAACUGUCAUGAGUCACUUGGUGCACAGCCUCCCACCUUUACCGUCCUGUGAGCUGACAGACCCCAACGACGACAUCACCUUGCCCAGGCUGAUAGAAGCUCUGCAGAACAGACAAAGGAUCAGGCAGACGAUGAUGGACGAAUACAACCAAACAGGUGUCCACUCAACUGCGAGCUCUAUCCUCAACUCGAGGCUUUGACAGAGUCAGUAAGUAGAAUUGUUUUCUCACAAAUUCUCUCUUUUCACAUUAAUUUAGCGAAUAUGAUGAGGUCUAUGCUUCAGGACCUGGACAGUAACCUCGCUUCUAAGGACAAUUUCAUUCAUGAACAAAAUGGACAGCUGAUUGAGAAGGAUAAAAUCAUCCAGAACAACAAGGCGGAGAUUGAGCGCUUGGAGAAGAAAACCAAAACGCAAGAACACAAGGUGAGAGACAUGUGAAGCAUUUCAAAAUGACACAGACUAGACUGCUUUUAUGUAAAGGUGUUGCUCAGUUUUUAAUGUUUUUAAUGAAUGGAAUUUCUGUCCAGAUUGAAAUCCUGCAAAAAACCUCUAAAAUCUAUGAGGACGACAAGCGUUUACUGCAGCAGGAGCUAGAUACCAGAGAGCAGAGGCUGCACAGGGAGCAGUCAGAGAAGAGACGCAUGGAGCAGCGCAUGCAGGGCGUGGUCACAGACACUCAGUAUAAGUGGGAAAAAGAAUGUGUGAGUAACUGCACAAGGCACAGAUUUCUUCUGUUUUCAACUCUUCAAGAGGCAUGGGUGUUAACCUCUUCAAAUUUAUCUAGAAAUUUUUUAUUUUUAGACCCCAAAUUUGUCAGUGAUCAAUCUUCUCAAAAUGAUGUUUUCAAAAAUUCUUCCUCUGGCAUUGUAGGACAGGCGCGUUAAUGCAAUGCAACUGGAGAUGCAGAACAAGCUCUGGGUGAAAGACGAGAAGCUGAAGCAGCUAAAGGCCAUCGUGACAGAGAGCAAGACUCCAGGUCGCCCUGAUCCUCCGCCACGCCAGACACAACCAAAAAGGCCUUCCAGAGAGGAACGAGUUCCUGCAAAGAGAUCCGCCUCUCCCUCCCCCGUCCCUGUAUGUUAACCGUGUACUCCUGCAUCCCAAUCAUUUCUCUUCUUUAAUAUUUCCAAAUUUAAACAGGAAAACAUUAACAUUUACUUAGCCCCUCCUGAUUAUUAGCUUUUCUCUUCUCUAAUAAGCAAAAGCUCUUCUGUAAUAACCCAACUCUUCCUGAUCAAUCCCUCUGACAUACUUAACAUUAUAAUGUCAGACAGAGCAUUUUAAAAUGUUUCCAACUCGGUUUAAAGGCCAUAACCAUCAAAUAUGGGGCAUUUUUGUCAGAGCAAUAGCCCAAACCAUGAGUAAAUCUUGUAAUUUUUCAGACAAAUGACUCUUUUUCUGUUGAAAUAUGUUGGAAUUUUAAAUCCAAGCAUCCACUUUCAUUAUCAUUGACAAAAAAUCCCCACUAAAAGGUCUGUUGUAUUAUUCCUCUGAUUUCUUUCUCCUAACUAAAUCUAAUCAUGCACGUCUGCAGUCUUUCCCCCUGUCCCUUCAGUGCCAUGUUGACAGUCCUCAUGUCAGACCAGUACCAGUGCCAGUCAGUGCCACAGCAGUUGAGAAGGUUGAGGUGAACCCUGUCCAAAGCAGCAGUUGUUCUUGGUCUGUUUCAAGCUCCAUCUCUGCAUGGGAGCAAAGGAACACCCAAGACAGCAGGCAGGAUUAUCAAUCUCCCAGUGCGCCUGUGAGAACCCAGUCUCCAUCAGGCUCCUCAGCCAGCCGAACAAGAAGGAGAGCUGUGUGUAUGGGUAGAAAGAAGGAAGUGGCCAGAUCCCUUGCUGCUGAUCUAGACAUAAUUGAAAGAAGCUACAGGGUUAGUGAGUCAGCUGCAGGGUAGCGGUAUGAGUUUAAUAUGAAGUGGCUCAUUAGUCUUUGAGUGCUGUGCAGAUUUAAUCCCUCUGCUUCUUAAGAAAGAAUGUGACGGUUCUUCCCAAACAACCAAAAAUGGAUAUCCAGACAUAAACAGAGCCAUUUACCAGAAGAAAUCCCCUGAACCUUCAUCUUACACAUUUUUCUUCCUCGAUCUCCAGACAACAACCCCAUUGCGGCCGCUACACCGCCGCUCCCGCUCUGCCGGUGGGGAGAAGUGGGUGGACCACAAGCCCUCUUCCAACCUGGACUUGGGUACAGUGCUGCAGCCUGUCAUCCCUAAUGCCAUCCAGGUGUCAGCACCCAGUGAGAAGGCCCUUUCUAAGUGUGACAGAUAUGUGCUAACACACCAGGAGGUUGCCUCUGAUGGCGAGAUCGAGACCAAACUCAUAAAGGUAAUGAGCAAGGCAAGAGAAAACUGAACACAUUAGUGAUCUCACAGACAAAAAUCACACAGCAGAAGCUUCAGUAUGACUUCUCUUUACCAUUGGCUUUGUUGUUUCUGGGUGGGUCUCUGUUGUAACCAGUGAGCUUUCAUUGUUGUUGUUUCACUACUUACUUUUAGCAGAUUUGUAUCCUCACUGACAUUUGUCCUGGCUGAGAUAGACCCUGGGAUCACUGGAAAAAAAAAAGCUGCUUAAGCUUUAAGUCUGGGUUUGGGGGUAUUUUUUGGGUCUGUUAAAAAGUUACUGAGAACUAACAAUAACCCUUAAGCAUUUCCGAUAUGUAGAAAAUCACAGAUCAGCACAGCUGUUUAAGGUUUCUUUGGAGAGGAAGAUAAAUGACAGAACAUAAAGUCUGUGUUCUGCAAAUGUCUGCAGGAGACUUUGACACUUGAAAAAGUCAAGCACAGCAGUUAGAUUUAAACAGAUGUGAAGGAUUUUUGGCCUCCUCUGCUGCUUUGGAUCGUGUUCCAUCUCAUUAAUGUUGACUGCUGUUUCCUCAUUCUUUUUUUUUGCAGGGUGAGGUGAUGAAAACCAGAGGAGGAGGACAGGCUGUCCAGUUUACAGACAUUGAGACACUCAAACAGGAGCUCACAGGAGUCCCGAGGUACCAGCCAAGGAUGAGUUUUUAGCUUCAUAGUAGACCCAUGUUAUUGUAACUUACUGAACACUUCUUCUCUGAAUAACAUUUACAUUUCUAUUUGAAGCCGCAAAAGAAAAUCCUCAGAGGGAAAACCUCCCAGCGGAGCUCCAGUGGAGGGAGACUGGACUGAUGUGGAAACAAGGGUGCGGAUUACAAUAUUGAUUACUGUACAGUUAUUUAUGAUUGUAUGUGAGUCUUAAAGUAAUAAACAUGCAUGUGAUUGGAAGACAGGUAACAGGCCUGAAACAAACCCAGGCUUCUCUGUUGGGUAGAUGACCAUCGCUGCUUUGAACUUAUCUCAACUGAAAGUUAAAGGACACAAAAAUGAUUAAUCCUCAUUGACCAACUUCCCUUAAGAGGAAUUAUUAUCUUAAAAAUCACUCAGGCAGUUUUAAAUAAGAUUCUAACAUUCACCAAAGAUGUCUUACCUGAGAUUUGGUCUCGCACCCUAACACAUUUGAGUGUUGACAUGUCAGUUAAAGAAAUCAUCCUGUUCAUUCAGCCACUCCAUAUUAUUUAAAGAUAUUUAUGGUUUGUACAAUCCACCUCUGUCACCUCAGACAUGUUCAAUUUGGUGAAUGCGGCACAUUCUAGUCACUGAAACAGGCCCACUGAUUCAGCACAAGCUGUAUUAACUUGUAUUGUUACUGAUGCAGCUGUAACGUGGCGUUAUAAUUCAAAUGAUUGAUCCAUCAAUACUUUCCACAGGUUUUAGAGGACUAAGUAUGUCAUUUUGUUCACAGUGCUCCGUGGCCGUGGAGAUGAAGGCUGGAUCGAAGAUGGGUCCUGGAUAUGAGCAUCAUGGGAUUACCAAGUAAGCCUCCAAGAUAAUUUCAAGAUGACAUUGAAGAACGUUUACUCUGCAGUGGGUCGUAUUUAAAUACACUCUGUUCUUAUUUUACAGGCGCAGAAAACCCUAAAUGCAGCUGACACUUCCCCUGCCCUCACCUGGCUGUUGUGCAAUAGUCUGAACUUUUUUAUAUUUAGCUGUAGAGAUGAUAUUUAAACACUUUCCAUACUUUUUAUAUAUGCAAACAUGUUUAUACAUGGGUCACCAAAGCUUUUUUUGUAAAUUAUAUUUUAUGUUUGUUAUUGAAGAAGUGGGAAAAAAAAAGAAACAUGUUAUUUGAUUCAGCUAAAGAUGGCAGCAGGUGUGGUUUCAGUGUUUCUGCUGCUGAAAAGAGUCUUUUUGCACAUUUGUGAGUAAUGUAGUCAUAUUUGUUUCUUGGCACAUUAGGAGACACUCCGAAAUAGUGAACAGCUGAUAUAAUUUUCAGCUUAUUGAUUGGUAAAUUCUGGAGCUGUGAGUAGAGUUUGAAUAAUUAUCCACUUCUUUUUGAUUGUCUUUCUCCAUUUAAAUGUUUCCACCUCUGUGAAGUCUGAUCUCUUAUGCCAGUUGUACAAUGAGAAUUAAAAUUCCUUUGUUGCAUCA